UGCCUCUUUGCAUGCGGUUAGACAACAUCAAUGACAGUUCAUCUCUCCACCCAUCACAGCAAUUACAGCAGCUCGUCGGAGCUUCCAUUAUUGCUGCUGACAUAUUCACAUGCCACAACAUGCACUAACAUGUGUGGAACCAUGCUCGGGGCCACUGAUAUCCUCCACACAGAACCCCGCUGACAUGUUAAAGGUUUUUAUACAGUUUUUCUUUAUUAUUGUUUUAUUGUGUCAUGCAGGAAUGGUCGUUAGAUUCUGAGGAAUGUCAAGUGUUUCUCGAGAAAACAGGAGGUGACUUGCACUAACCUGACUGUAAAGGCGGGCUGAACACUCAUGAAUGUGCGCCGUCCCAUGCUGUCAUUAUCUGGAAUUGCUGAGCAGGAGUCAAAGCGCAGCGCACCGCACCGGGAGCGCACGGAAACUUAUAAAGAAUACAAUUAUUCUUUUUUAAAAUCGACUUAGAUUUAGCGUUUUGGAUACAUCUCAUCCUUUUUUCUUUCUUUCUUUCUUUCUUUUUUUUCGCACAAGGGCAUGACGCAUGCUGUUCUUCUGACUGAUUUCACCUGAGGCUAUAGAAGAGACCGCGAAAUGGAGACGUUUACAAUACACAACAUGCUCAUAAAUUCAACUGACCUGAACAAGAUUUUGUGCAGUUUUGGUAUCAAGAAUCUUUCGGAGUGCGAGAGCGAGACGAAACCCUCACCCGAACCAAAAGAUAUCAAUGAGACAGUCCGGAUCGUCCUCUACAGCCUCAUCUUCCUCCUCAGCGUCCUGGGCAACAGCCUCAUCUUCGCCGUCCUGGUGAGGAACAAGCGCAUGAGGACGGUCACCAACCUCUUCCUGCUGUCUCUGUCCAUCAGCGACCUGAUGGUCUCCCUGGUGUGCAUCCCCUUCACCCUCAUCCCUAACCUCAUGAGGGACUUCAUCUUCGGCACCGGCAUGUGCAAGCUGGUCAUGUACUUCAUGGGUGUCUCUGUAAGUGUUUCCACUUUCAACCUGGUGGCCAUCUCCCUGGAGCGCUACAGCGCCAUUUGCAACCCGCUGACCUCCAGAACGUGGCAGACUAAACGCCACGCCGCCAAGGUCAUCACCGCCACCUGGGUGGUGUCCUUCAUCCUGAUGCUGCCCUACCCUAUUUCUAGCACCCUCAAACCCUUCACCCGCCGCAACAACAGCACCGGGCACAUGUGCCGCCUGGUGUGGCCCAAUGACAUCAUCCAGCAGUCCUGGUACGUGUCCCUCUUGUUGCUGCUCUUCCUAAUCCCCGGGAUCGUCAUGAUGACAGCCUACGGACUCAUUUCCUUGGAGCUUUACCGGGGCAUCAAGUUUGAGCUCUCCACCAGGAAAUCCAGCAAAAGAGACAGACAAUCCAGCACUAGCAGUUUUAAGACCGGUGACGGUGACGGUUGUUACAUGCAGCCGUCUAAAAAGAAGAGCAUCACAGGCAGCUUCUCCACCGCCAGCAGCAAAUCCAUGGUGGGUCGUGUUUCCAGCAGCAGCAGCAGCAGCUCUACAGCAAACCUGAUGGCCAAGAAGCGCGUGAUCCGCAUGCUCCUCGUCAUCGUCUUCCUCUUUUUCGUGUGCUGGAUGCCCAUCUUUGUGGUCAACGCGUGGCAGGCUUUCGACCGGCGCGGUGCACACCGCCUAACCGGCGCUCCCAUCUCCUUCAUCCACCUGCUGUCCUACACCUCGGCCUGCGUCAACCCCAUCAUUUACUGCUUCAUGAACAAGCGCUUCCGCCAGGGCAUGCUGGCCACGUUCACCUGCUGCAGCUGCUUAAGGAGGAAGGGUGGAGGUGGAGGUGGAGGUGGAGGCACAGGCGGCUCACUGAGAUCAGCUGUAAACCUAUCGGUUAAAAGGGAAGUAGACAGAUCAAGAUCGGGGCCAAAUAUGGCCAGAGAGCAGAAUGGUCAUGCCCCGCCAAGCGGAGCCAGCACGCGUUUCAGCUACACUAGCAUCCGUACAUCAGCGUGGAGUGAGCUGACCUAAACUGGAUGAAGAGCUCUGGCCUGAGUGCAAACACUUGAAGGGGAAUCUGUGGCGUGUUGUCUUUACGUGAAGCCCUCACAGUGCUUAUAGGACUAGUUUAUGAGCUUUAUCCUCGAGUGUGAUGUGACGUGGGUACAAGUGGUGUGUAUUCAGUGCGCUUACAGCAGAUCGGCACAGCCAGAUGUUUCCCCUAUCGUUUACAGGGUGGAUGCCUGGUCAUAUAAAGCCUUGAAGGACUUUUCAUGAAGCAGAAUGCCAAUUAAAGUAGCUUUCCACUGUCUAUACAUACUAUAUAUACUCUCUUUUACUUGUUCUUCUACCAUUAAUAGUGGUAACUGUGUACAAAAAUGUAAAGGGACCAGAUGGUCUUUCCAUAUUCCUUUGCACCAGGUGAGAAAAAUCCAAUAUCGGAAGGAUUAGACUGCAAAAUAUGGUUAGAUCAUCCAUAGAGAUCAUCCACAUUUACAUAUUUUCUCACUUAUCUUGAAUGGAAACAGUUCACACCAGUCUCAUGUGGUAAACAUCACCCAACCGGUGCCUGAAAAAGAGGUAAAACUGUCGAUCAUAUCUGAUCUUCAUCUAAAGUGUUUGUAUAAUUGUCAUGUCAACUUUUAAGCCAACGAUGAACAAGAAAUCCUUGUAAAGGCAUUUCUUUGAAAAUACAUUAAAUAUGUUGCUGUAAACACGUGAAAAGACUUUGAACGAUAUAUUACUGA